AUGGCUCCCAAGGAACACGGACAGAACACGACUGCCGUACGCACAGGAUAUCAAUUGGAUGCCGCUCAGUUGGAGCCCUACCUGGCAAAGGCCAUCUCAGGAAUCUCGCUCCCCAUCAAGGUCUCCCAGUUCAAGCUCGGCCAGAGUAAUCCCACCUACCUCCUGACUGACGCAAAAGGCCAGCGCUUUGUCCUCCGCAAGAAACCCGCAGGAGCACUGUUGUCGUCGACAGCCCAUGCUGUCGAGCGUGAGUACAGGAUCUUGAAGGCCCUUGGCGAGAACACCAAUGUCCCUGUUCCUAAAGUCUAUACCCUCUGCGAGGACGUUUCUGUCAUUGGAACUCCCUUCUACGUGAUGGAGUUCUUGCAGGGACGCAUCUUCUCGGACAUUACCCUCUCCAAGUUGCCCUUCGAGGAGAGACGCCUUUGGUACGAUUCGCGAGCUGCUUUCUGGUUGUCAGCGAUCGAUACGUUGGCCAAGUUGCACCAGGUGGACCAUGUGGCGGUCGGUCUUGAGAGUUAUGGCAAACCUACUGGCUUCUACCGUCGCCAGAUCGGAUCGUUGAGCAAAGUCGCUGCUGCUCAGGCUGCAGCUAAGGAUAGUGAAGGUAAUGCGGUUGGACCUAUCCCUGGAAUUGAGGAGAUGGCUGUCUGGUUCAAGAACAAUGAGGUCAAGGACUCCACCUCGAUUGUUCACGGCGACUACAAGAUGGAUAACUUGGUGUUCCAUCCAACGGAGCCUCGCGUGAUUGGAAUGCUGGACUGGGAGCUGUCGACAAUCGGACACCCUUACUCGGAUCUCGCCAACCUGCUGAACCCUUAUUACACACCCGCCAUCGAAGGCAGCCCCAUGGUAGGAUUGGGCGGCAUUGCCGACAAAGACUUGCCCAUCCCCCCUGUUAACAUCCUCCUCGAGCGGUACUGCAACCAGACCUCGAGACCCUUUCCUAUUGACAACUGGCUCUUCUGCAUCGCCUUUUCCUUCUUCCGCAUGUCAGUGAUUCUUCACGGAAUCAAGGCACGCGUGGCUCGUGGUCAGGCCAGUUCUGCAGAGGCACAGUUCUAUGCCAACUUGGCUAAUCCCGUCGCAGAACUUGCACUCCAGAUCGCACAACAGUCUACCGCUACCAAGGCCAAAUUGUAA